CACAAACAAUGCAGGUCAAGAUUCUCAAGCUUCAUGUUGUCCAGAGUCCGACACUAGCCUCGUCACAUCACCUAGUAGAAGCAUUAUGUUCCAUGCCAAACCUGACUGACAUGAUGCUUGGACUGGAUCUCAAUGAGCAGUUCUACUCUGCAUUGAAAGCAAAAGCAUCAUCAAUACAAGUCCAGACUCUCAAGCUACAUGUUGUUCAGUGUCCCACACCAGCCUCAGUACAUCAUCUAGUAGAAGCACUUUGUUCUAUGCCCAAACUGACUGACCUGACACUUGGAAUAGAUCUCAAUGAAGAGUUCUACUCUACAUUGAAAGCAAAAGCAUCGUCAUUACAGGUAUGUGUGUCCUAG